CACGAGAUCCCGCCGGCGAUGGCGUCCACCACGUCAUGCUGUGUUGUUGCCUUCUGUCUCGGCUCUUUCCGUCUGUUGUUGCGCGUUCAUGCUCCGUCUCCUCUUUGCUCAGUACUAUAGCGACCUCUGCUUCAUUUCACGGCGUUGUUUGUCUUCAAAACGGAAGCGGAUAUCAGAUCGAUAAAAAGAAUUUCUUGCGCUAUGACGGAUUCAUCGCCACUCCAGAAAUCGGAGAUAUUCGUGUAAAUGUAUUCACAUCUGGCGCUAACACUGCUUCUGCGGAGGACGGAAUCUAUCUAUUGGAUGCGCGGAUAACUAUCGAUCCCAUCAUAGAGGCCGAUCACGCAUCAUUGAGUGCACCAGAACACAUACCUGACUACCUUGCAAUGUUGACCCAUCCCGGAGUAUCUGCUCAUGAUCGCCUGGAUCUCUAACAGAACUGCAUUUGCGCUAUUCAAUGAAACCACUCGGUGGGAAAAGGCUUGGUCAGAAACGCGUGCGUGCGGAUAGUUGCUCUGCAUCGUCGAUUUACUGAAGUCCAACUUAUCA